GUGAAUUCGUCAAUCGCACUUGACAUUUCAUCAGUCAGUUUCGGCCAUCGGCCGUUGCUUGCCACGCCUGCCAGCCGGCAAGUCCACACAUGACACAACCCCUCUCGUACGCGUAGCGCGACCGCGAACGCCCUAGGAUACGAGCGCAUCGAUCACGACCAGACAGACCUUCGGCUGCCCUGAAAGAGCCGGUCCACUCCGACGGCCCGCACCACCCUUCUUUAACCCCGCCACCCAGAUCCAGCCGCGCCGCACUCCACCACGGCCCCCACAACUCCACCGCUAGCAGCAGCCAACAGACUCCCGUCGGGAUGGCCGUGGCGCUCCUCCUCCUGCUGGUGACGCCCGUCGGGCUGCUCGCCGCGCUCGCGCUCCUCACGCGGCCCCGGGCCGCGCGGGUCCCGCUCAAAGGCCGCCACGUCUUCAUCACGGGCGGGUCCAGCGGCAUCGGGCUCGCCAUGGCCACGGCCGCGGCGCGGGAGGGCGCGCGGGUCUCCAUCCUGGCCCGCAACCUCGCCCGCCUCGAGGACGCGCGCGCCGCCAUCCAGCGCGACUCGGGCAGGGACGACGUCGGCGUCCACGCGGCCGACGUGCGGGACGCCGGCGCCGUCGCGCGCGCGCUCCAGGAGGCCGGCCCCGUCGACGUCCUCGUCUGCAACCACGGCGUGUUCGUGCCGCAGGAGCUCGAGGGGCAGGACGUGGAUGAGAUCAAGUGGAUGGUGGACAUCAACCUCAUGGGCAGCUUCCACCUCAUCAAGGCCGCGCUUCCGGCCAUGAAGGCGCGCACCCGCGAGACGCGCCUCCCUGGCUCCAUCGCCAUCAUGUCCUCCCAGGCCGGCCAGGUUGGUAUUUAUGGUUACACUGCCUACUCAGCGAGCAAGUUCGCUCUUCGCGGAUUGGGUGAGGCGUUGCAGCAUGAGGUCAUCGCGGACAACAUUCAUGUCUCGUUGAUAUUCCCUCCUGACACCGAGACUCCAGGAUUGGAAGAGGAGCAUAAGAGGAGGCCGGAAUUGACAAACAUCAUAGCAGGGUCAUCCGGUGGAAUGAAGGCCGACGAUGUUGCCAAGAAGGCUCUGGACGGCAUCAAAUCCGCAAAAUUCAUUGUCCCCUGUAAUUUCGAGGGCGCAAUGUUAGCCGUAGCCACCGCUGGUUUAUCCCCGCAGAGCUCCCCGUUAAUGGCAUUCCUAGAAGUGGUUGGCGCUGGACUCAUGCGGUUUGCGGCAAUUUGUUUCCAGUGGAAUUGGUUCUCCACCAUCGAGAGCUAUUAUGCCAAGAAAAAGAAGAGCGAGUGAUAGCACAAACCACAGCUGGACAUUAUUUUCCUAGAUCCCGUGAGAGUCAAAAGAAACAAAUAAGUCACGUCUGACCUAAUGUAAAUGUAGCGUGGUAGUAUUAGAGAAGUUGAAGCUAUCUUCUUUUUAAUGGUUUUUUUCAUCAGAUCAUGUCUACAAUAUCAGAUUCUGUUAAAAACAAUGGUUCGUGAGAUUUUGAUGACAUAUGUGUGGAGCUCUCA